AUGAGUGUUCGGAGAGUACUCAAGAAUGAUCUAGGACUCCAUGCCUACAAAGUACAAAAUGAAUCGAUGCUCACCGAUGAGCAUAAAGAAAAAAGAAUCCAGUUUGCUAAUUGGAUACGAACAAACUUCCGAAAAGAGGACACGAUGAAAAUUCUGUUUUCUGAUGAGAAGAUGUUCGACAUUGAUGGAGUUUAUAACUCUCAAAAUGACCGAAUAUGGACGGUUAAUCGUUCAGAAGCCGAUAUCAAAGGUGGUACCCGGCAGAAACGUAAAUUUCCGCAAAAAGUUAUGGUUUGGCUCGGAGUUUGUUCUAAAGGUGUGUCACCUCUAAUUUUUUUCGAGAAAGGGACAGUCGAUCAUGACCGAUACAUCAAGGAGGUGCUUCCAGUCGCUCUCAAGUUUGGCAAUGACAUGUUUGGAAACGACUGGAUCUUCCAGCAAGAUGGUGCAAAGCCUCACACACAUGCAAAAUCUCAGGAAUGGUGCACCAAGAACUUUCCAUCGUUCAUUGACAAGAGCCACUGGCCUCCAAACAGUCCUGAUUUAAAUUCAUUGGACUACUGUAUUUGGAACGAAUUCGCUCAAGUGAUCGAGUGGGACGCAGUGACAUCUAAAACAACAUUAAUCACUGCUCUGAAACGUGCUGUUCGAAAAAUUUCCCAGGAUGUUGUCUUUGAAAGUUGUUCGUCUUGGACUAAUCGAUUGUAUCGAUUGUCUCAAGACAAGGGAAAUUAUUUAAGAUAA